GGUUGAGGCACGCGGUUGAGAGACAAGUAGGUGACCUGCAUUUGAGCAGAGGUCUCCUCUGCCACGUGGCACGCCCUCAUGUCCUUAGAGCAGUAAGCAUUGUUUUAGAUAAAGAACACAGCGAUUUGAUUUGGUUUUGCAAUGAUGAUGACAUCUUUACAGUUUUCAGCCGUUCUUCUACUGGUUGGACUAUAUUUGGCUGGUUGUGAGGAUGCCUGCUAUAAAGAUGGACCAUGUGAGAAACAAGACACCUCCUCCUCAGUGUAUAAAAGGUACCUGCUGUACGACGUAAACCCCGGAGAGGGCUUCAACCUGCGCCGUGACGUCUAUAUGCGCGUGGCCGUAGCCGUGGCGCGCCUGCGUGGAUGGACACUGGUACUCCCGCCGUGGGGCCCGCUCUACCACUGGCAGGCCACCAAUGGAGAGUACGAGACGGGUAUCCCGUGGGCACGGUUCUUCGAUGUGGCCAGUCUCAACAGAUACGUCCCCGUAAUGGAGUUUGACGACUACGUCAAAGAGAGCGGUGCUCGGGUUGACGCCGUCCUGCAUCUGCAAAACUACGCCGAGGGCUGGAGGGACGGCCACUUUGACGAGAAGUGGCACGUGCGACCCUGUCUGAGCCAGCCGGUCCGGUGACGUGUUCAGCGGCCAGAUGUGGAGCCACGUGACGCUACAGGCGGCCAACUACAGCUGCGUCUCCAUCCAGGGCACCUCCAGGACGCUGGCGGAGAUGUGUGCCGCCCAGCCGCACAG